CUACUUCUCUGAGUAUAAAAAGCUAAAAGUUCUUAGUUAUAACUUAGUGUUGUUUAAAACUUUGUGAUUUCAACAACAAGUUGCCGUGAUGAAAGUUAAAAUAUUGUGUUUGUUCCUUAUUGGAUUGGUAGCAGUUUGCAAUGCUGCACCAUUAAAUUCCAAUGAACAAGAAGCUCGUGCCUUUGUUCAAAGAGCUAGUACAAAAAUGUUCAACUACUAUGACGAACUUAGCCGGGAAAUAUUUGAAGCCGAUAACAAUGAUCCGGCAAAAGUAAUGAGUGCUUUGGAAACACUUGUCAAAACAGCCAAGAAAGUAGUUGAAAUUGUUAAAGAAUCAAAACAAUACGAUGAUUCGAAAUUUGUCGAUCCUGAAUUGAAGUAUGUAUUUAAAAUUAUUCGUAAAUCAGCUGAAGAAGCAAUACUUGGCGAAGAGAAAUUUGUUGAAUUGUUUGCUUCGAUGGGUAUGCUGGAAGAAUUAGCAAGUGACAAAGAUAUUCCAGCUUAUCGGAAUAACUCUGUUGAGUUGGCAUUUUUCCCAGACAUUCAAGAUAUUUUUGCAAAGAGUCAAGAUCCAGAGGAGUUGAAAUAUUAUUGGACAACAUGGAGAGCGAAGAAUGGUGCAUGGGCUAUUGGACAUUUUGUUAAUUUGGUUAAAAGUUUGAAGGAAGCUGCUGCAUUGACUGAAAUAACUCCCUUGGAAUUCUGGCUGCACGACUACAAUAUCACCGAAAUGAGGAAAGUAGUUAAACAAAUCCGUCCACUCUACAAUCAACUACAUGCAUUCAUUCGCAACCGUUUGUACCAGCGAUACGGUGAUUUGGUUAUCAAACCAAAUGGACCAAUUCCCCAUCAUCUAUUCGAACAAGUGUUGGCCCAAGCAUGGACUCCUGGUAGUAUCAUUGAUGACAUGUACCCACACAAAGACUUACCACCAUACGAUGAAAUUCUUAAACAAAACGACUUUGACACUUUGAAAAUGUUCAAAAUGGCCGAUAAAUUCUAUCAAUCAUUGGGAUUCAAUUCAAUACCCGAAGAAUACUGGGGUAGUCAUUUCAAAAUGAACUCUGACGAAGAUGAGGGCGAUUGUAAACCAACAAUUUUCGAUAUGUCGCCAAAUGUUUACAUGCAAUAUUGUCAGAAAAUGGACUUUAGGAAAUUCUUACAAGCUCAUGGUUAUAUGGGAGAAGUUUACUAUGCUAGAGAAAAGGUUGAUUUACCAGUUUAUUACUUUGAUGCUCAUUAUUUACAGUUUCCUGUUGGUGAAGCUGUUGUCUUGUCAGCUUCAACACCAAAACAUUUAAGUGCUAUUGGCUUGGUUACUGAUUUUAAAUUUACCGAAGAGGUUAAAAUGAAUCGUCUUUUGAGAAUGGGUAUCCACACUUUGCUUAAUAUGCCAGUGUACUACAUCCAUACUAAAGUCAUGUAUGACUUAUUUGCUGGAACUGUUGAUAUGACCGAUUUGAACAAACAUUACUGGAAGUUGAUGGAGAAACAUGCCGGAGUAGCACCUCCAGUUGAUCGUGGUGAUGAAGCAUACGAUUUUCCAUUCAAAUUCUACACCGAACUGACUGAGAACAAACAGGCUAGUAAAUUCAUGACAGAAGUGCUAGGAUAUCAAUUUUAUGAGAAACUCUGUGAGAUUAGUGAACAAUACUCCAGAUUAGACAAAUCGGAACCGAUUAACAACUGUGAUUUCUAUGGCAACAAAAAAGCUGGUGAUGCUUUGAAAAAAAUGAUGAAACUUGGAUCUUCUAAACCUAUGCGUGAAGUGUUGGAAACAAUGUUCCCUGAAGAUCCUUCUGUGAGUGCAGAAAGUCUUAUUGAAUAUUAUGCUCCAAUGAAAUCUUGGUUGGUUAAAAUGAACAGUGAACAGAAUGUUCGUACUGGAUGGCUUCAUUCUGACAAAAAGGUUUCAAUUAUUACAUAUAACGAGGAGGAAGAUGAAGUAGAGGAAUAAACUAUGAUUUGAAUAUGAAUUAAUUUGAAAUAAAACGGAAAGAAAAUAAUAAUGAAAAAUAAUGUUUUAUUCGUU